GGACGUAGCGGCAAGCGCAAACGAACAUGAAGAAGCAACGACAAACGUCGGCGAACGCGAUCCGCCGUCGGUCGGUACAUCAAAGGAAAAUGCUCGUUCGUGUUUGAUCGCGAUCGUCAGGUCUGGACGGGGAACGAACGGUCGCUGUUGCAUUUGCAAACGAAAAGUGGCAGUUGAGUCAACAGGUUGAGUUAAACUAGCAGUGUUGAUUGAUUUUGCGUGUUAAGCCUCAUGGAAUGGUCCAACGACAUAGUUAUUUCUUUUAUAAAAGAUGUGGAAAAGUUGGCAAUGCUAUGGGAUAGCCAAAAUCCCUUUUACAAAAUUACAAGGAAAAAGAAUGAUGCGUGGUCCGAAUUAGCUCGUACUUACAAUAGUACACCAGAAGAAGUAAAAAAGAAAUGGAAGAGUUUACAGGCGUCGUAUAGAAGGGAGAGACAAAAAGUCAAAGAUGUUACUCAUUCAGGCAUGGCGACAGCUGACAAAUAUACUCCCACCUGGUUUGCUUAUGAUGCUUUGGCAUUUAUGUCAGAUCGUUAUACUCCACGGAAAACACAAAAUACUUCAGAAGAUUCCCAGCAGCUCCUCGGUGAAGGUGACGAUGAAAUCCUGGGCGAUGGUGAAGAUGAAGAAAGGAAUGAUAAAACCUUAAAGGAAGCAACCUCAAAGGAAACUGGAAGCAAAUGUGACGAAGAAAAAAGUGAGAUGCCCUUAUCUACCACGACUACAAAAAGCACUCUAAAACGACCUUUGUUUUCAAAAUCAUCGUGUGCCAAGAGGCCUAAAGAAGAUCCUAGAAUAGAUGAAGUUUAUAGUAUUUUGAAAUCGACUGCAUCAGAGCGUCCAGUUACUCGUGAUGAUAAUGAUGUAUUUGGAGAAUACGUUGCGAAAACGUUGAGAACAUUAGAUAGUCACUCGAGAAUUGUAGCCAAGCAUUAUAUAAAUCAAAAUCUGUUUGACGCUGAAAUGGGAAGAUUUAGGCAGCCAUUAUUACAUAUGCAAUCACAGUUCCAGCCUCAGUAUUCCAGCUCGGCUUCUGCGCAUUCUUCAACAACGGUGACACCAUUCCCUUCACCUUCACUAAGCCUUGGGAAUCCUAAUCAAAAUUCUCAGCAACAGUUUUCAACUAAUCAAAGCCUACCGGCGAGUAACCAUCAGAUAACUCCAACUCCUAUGCAGACAGCUCCGUUGCAACAUGCAGAACAAGUUUCAGCAAUGAGCAUGGGAUCUACAGUUCACGAGUCUAAUGACAGACAUACAGAAGAAUCUGCAGCACCCUCGUUACUUACGUUUUUCACAAAUUUUCAAUAG